ACGCUGUCAAUAAUCAUGUAUACAGUGCAGGCAAGGACGAGAGAGUUUACUGUGUGUAUGACACCGAGAGGAAAGACUUGGGAGAGCUAGCAGCCUGCUGUUUCGCAGUCGACUCCGGGUGCUUCUGACAGCUGUAACCAUGCAGGCUGAAUCAGGAAUUGUGGCUGAUUUCGACGUAGGCGAAGACUUUCACGAAGAGCCGAAGACGUAUUACGAGCUGAAGAGUCAACCUUUAAAUUACAGCAGUUCAGCCGAGCAUCACGGAGCAUCGAAGCCUCCACUAAGCUCCUCCAGCAUGACAUCACGGAUUCUGCUACGGCAGCAGCUGAUGCGUGAGCAGAUGCAAGAGCAAGAGCGCCGUGAGCAGCAACAGCAGAAGCAGCAGGCAGCUCAUUUCAUGCAGCAGAGAGUGCCAGCCAGUCACACACCAGCCAUCAACGUCAGCGUGUCCACCAGCCUGCCCGCUCCUGCCCAGGUACCAAUGGAAGUUCUCAAGGUGCAGACCCACCUUGAAAAUCCAACAAAGUACCACAUCCAGCAGGCGCAGAAACAGCAGGUGCAACAAUACCUGACAACCUCCAAGCAUUCUAACAAAGCACUAAGCUUGCCCUGUCCGAACCAGCCAGGAGACCACAUGAUGCCGCCUGGGAACAGCGCACCCAACAGCCCCAUGGCUAUGCUCACUCUUAGCACAACCUGUGAGAAAGAGUUUUAUACUUGUAAAAAUAUCAGCCCUGUCCCUGGAAGCAAAGUUGCAAAGAGGCCGCAUGGAUCCCCUUACGAGUUCACCUACCACGAAUCUGGAGCUUUCUCGCAGAUGGAUGAUGUAAUCGAUGACAUCAUUAGCUUGGAGUCUAGCUAUAAUGAAGAAAUCCUCAUGAUGGAUCCUGCUAUGCAAAUGGCAAACACGAUGCCGGUGUCUGCUAAUCUGAUUGACAUUUAUGCAAAUCAAGUCCCCAAUCAAUCUCCUGAUAGAACAGAGCCCUGGGGGCACUCUGAACAUACUCAUUAUGAGUCAGAAGCAAGAGCGCUGGCCAAGGAAAGACAGAAGAAGGACAAUCACAAUCUAAUUGAACGAAGACGAAGAUUUAACAUCAACGACCGUAUAAAAGAAUUAGGGACUUUAAUACCCAAGUCAAAUGACCCCGCAUUCUCACAGAAGGAUUUUGGCUUCCUUAGAGAUAUGAGGUGGAACAAGGGAACCAUUCUGAAAGCCUCCGUGGAUUAUAUACGUAAACUUCAGAGAGAGCAGCAGAGAUCGAAGGAGCUCGAGAACAAACAGAAGAAGCUUGAACAUGCCAACAGACACCUGCUGCUCAGAAUACAGGAACUGGAGAUGCAAGCCAGAGCCCAUGGACUCGCCAUCAUGCCUUCCUCAGGUCUUUGUUCUUCUGAUCUGGUAAAUCGAGUCAUCAAGCAGGAACAAAUAUUGGACAGUUGCAACCAGGAGGUUUUGCAAAAUCACCAUGAUUUAUCUGGCACCAGCACCCUGGAUCUCACUGACGGUACCAUCACUUUUAGCAACAACCUUAGGAACAUUAACGACUCAUCCACCACCUACAGCAUGCCCACGAAGAUGGGCUCCAAACUGGAAGACAUAUUCAUGGACGAUACCCUUUCCCCAAGAGUACACGACACACUUCAUUCAGUAUCUCCGGGUGCCUCCAAAACAAACAGUAGAAGGAGCAGCAUAAGCAUGGAAGAAAACGACCAUCACUGUUAGCAUUUUCUCAAUAUGCUUUCUUAUAGACUUCAUAUCCUGUAUUAUUUUUUGGAGCGUUAGAUUUCUAGAUAGCUAAUUUUCAUAGACGUUUUGCUGCAUUUCAUCCAUAGGCCAGCACUUAUACUUUUGUUUUUUGUUUUUUUAAUUUUUUAAUUUUGUAAAGGUUUUUUUUGUGUAUAUUAUUACUUGCGUUGCCUCCGAAGUAUUGUGCACGAUCAAUACAGUUUUCUACUCAUGAACACAAUAGAUUGUCUUAACUAUUUAAAACAAGCAUGGGCAACCUAACGGUUUUACGGGUUGAUUAACUCCUAGUUGGAGCAUAACUGGCUAGACAAAGUCGUGCAGGUCAUGCUGGUUCUUGGGGGUUUCUGAACAAAGGGUGAGCCGAAAGGUUGACCAUACCUGGUUUAAACCAGUAACAUUGCUUCAGAGGCAAUGUACCUGUGUGUUUGGGUUGGGUUUGCAAUACACCAUGUCAAUACAGUUUAUGGCAAUGAAUGUACAGAAACCAAAUAUCUGCAUAAGAGUAGAUUUCAUUGUGCUGCCUUAAUUUCAUGGUCAAGGGAGGAUUGUUUAGAGCUUCUGUUUGUAAAAAUGCUUGAAGGAAACCACAGAAGAAAAAAUAUAGUAUGUGCUGCAAUAGGUACUUAUUAUACCAAGGAUUUAGGUAGUAUUAUAAGGAGUGGUGACCAUAACUAGUAUAACUAGUGUGACCAUAACUAUAUUCUUCCAACUUUGCUUUUUUUUUUUCUUCCUUUAUGAAAAUAUCUCAGGCUUUAAUGUUUAUUCAGGUUCAUCCACUAAUCUGACUAGUCAUCUGAUCCUGUAGAAUUUUUGAAAGAACUAACGGAAACUCCAUAGAAGCUUUUCGUUGGGCAUGAGAGUCUUUGGGAAUCUAAUCCAAAUUGGCUUUUCCAUUGACUAGUUAAAGGCCAACAUAUAUUCCAACCACAAAAACUAUUUAUUCCCACCUUAGCCAUAAAGAGUGGAAAGACUGAUUACUUGUUCGAUAUCCAAAAUUUCUCAUAUUUUUUGCCAGAUAAUUAAGACAUUUCCAUCGUUUUAAGACCCUAUAUGCUGCCCUUUCCUUUAAAUUAAAGAAUAUUUAGUUAUUCAGCCCAACUUAAAUUCUUCUUCAACCUUCUUUAUCGAUGUCACACCUAGCUCAAUAAUAACCGUACCCUAACAAAGAAGAGGCAUUAUCCCGGUAAUAAUAACACCACUGAUGUUUUUUAUUUUCUGUAUUUAUUUUCUCCUUUAAAUAUGUGCUAAAUGUCCUAGUCACACAUAACGGAAGGAAAAACAACAGACUUCUAUUUGAGGGGAUUCUUGCAGGAACACUUUCAAAUUGGUGGUUAAAUAAUCCUGAAUUUAGAAGUGUUGUCUCUGGCAGCCAAUCGAAUGUUGCUUUUUUGUUUUCCCAUUUAGGCUUCACAGUGCAAACUAACAGCCCAUUGGCUGAUAAGGGUGGAAUUACAAUGUUCCUUCUUGAAUAUGUAUCCUCAGUGGAGCUUUCAUCUGUCUCAGUACAUGUCAAACUCAAUUUGAUGUUUGUGCAAUAAUUACUGCCUUAAUGAAAAAUGAAUGGAGAGGCUAAAGAUGAUAUGUUGUCAUGUACUAGUGGUUCUCUCAUUUGUUGCAAUGCACUUUGGUGUGAAAUAAUUUAACUUUAUGUAAAAUAAAUGUAGGUAUGCAAUAAGCAGACAUGGGCUGCCUUUAGCAAUAAAUGAGUACAUUGGCACGCUCAAAUUAGUAGACUUUGCAUAACUAAUUGUGCAGCCAUGGAUGCUACACUGUCUGCUAUCACAUGCACAAUUUUUACUUUGCAAGGGAAUUUACACUCAUCUUAGUGAAUAAGUGGAAGGUUUACUGACUUUUUUCAUCCAAUCAUGUGCAAACAAAAUUAUUUAUUUGUUUUCCUUGCCCAAGAUUGGGUAUUCCUGUCAAAUAAAUUUCCAACAUUAUCACAAA